UAGAGCUCCGCCGCACAGCGAGUAGACAUGAACUGACAAUCUCUCUAAAAGCCCACAGUUAGACAGGGUAUGUUGAGAAAACACAUUUGGACUUUGGGAUGUUUUACGGACUUGGAAACGAAGGAGUUUUGUUUCCGUCCACAUCUAUGUAGGACGUGGCGACUGCGUUAAAGUCAAUUUGCAGCAAAAGGAAAACGUGCAAUUUUUUUUUUUUUUGUCAAAUAGGCGCAAAGACAACAGCGGCAACCUGGACUACUCUUUUGAAACAGGAAUGGUUUAUCCUCCCGAAGGUUUAUUCUACAUCGAAAUGGAUCAAGCACCACCAGCUCUUCCUCCCAGGUCAACAAAGCCAGUGUCCUCCACCAUGAACAACAACUGCCUUUCACCACCUGUGUAUUCGCUACAGGACGCCGAGUGGUACUGGGGAGACAUAAGCAGGGACGAGGUGAACGAGAAGCUCCGAGACACACCUGAUGGCUCCUUUAUGGUGCGGGACGCAUCCACAAAGCUGCAGGGAGACUUUACGCUGACAUUAAGGAAAGACGGGCACAACAAGUUGAUAAAGAUUUACCACCGCGAUGGGAAGUACGGCUUCUCGGACCCCCUCACAUUUACUUCAGUAGUGGAGCUCAUAUGGCACUACCAGCACCAUCCGCUGGUCGAAUACAACGCCACGCUGGACCUGAUGCUCACCCAUCCUGUUUCCCGCUUCCAGCAGGUGAAAGAGGACACUGUCGACGUCGCUGGAAGAAAGCUCAAGGAGGUUCACAGUCAGUAUCAAGAGAAGACGAAGGAGUUUGAUCGUCUUUAUGAAGCAUUCACAAAGACCUCGCAGGAGAUCCAGAUGAAGCGAACAGCAAUUGAGGCCUUCAAUGAGACGAUGCUGAUCUUCGAGGAGCAGUGUCGUGAACAGGAGCGUUACGGAGAGGAGUUUGAGAGGAACAAUCAGUCUGAGGGCGCCGACAAAGAUCUAGAGAGCUUUCUGAUCAAUUACGAGAAGCUCAAGUGUCGUCUUGGGGAGAUCUACGACAGUAAAAUCCAUCUGGAGGAAGACUUAAGAACGCAGGUGGAGGACUACAGAGAGACGGACAGGAAGAUGAACAGCUUGCGGCCUGACCUUAUCCAGCUACGCAACAUCAGAGACCAGUACCUAAACUGGCUUAAUCACAAAGGCGUACGGCAGAAACGUAUAAAUGACUGGCUGGGGACGCAGAGCGACAGCCUUGAUGACACAUAUGUGUUGAAGGGAGACGAGAAGAACUUGCCACAUCAGGAUGAGACGAGUUGGUUUGUCGGCGAACUGAGCCGGACGCAGGCCGAGGAGAUGCUUCAAGGGAAAGCCCCUGGAACGUUCCUGAUCCGUGAGAGCAGUAAACAAGGAUGCUACGCCUGCUCUGUUGUCGUGAAUGAGGAAGUGAAGCAUUGCAUGGUCUACAGCACGCCGCACGGAUACGGCUUUGCUGAGCCCUACGACGUCCACUGCUCACUGAAAGACCUUGUCCUGCACUAUCGCCUGCACUCCUUAGUGCAACACAAUGACGCCCUGGAUGUUCGGCUGUCGCAUCCAGUACACGCCAAAGCUGCAGCCACGCCUUCUCAAAACGCAGAGGAACACAAACUCUUACAGACUCCAAAACACACAGCGGGGCUCCCGCCUGCGGCUCCAGAGAUGUAAUCCAAUGGAAAGAGACAAAAGGACAUGUUUACUGUAACUGCGAGAAUGACUGCAUCGAGGUGCAAUGUGUAAAGUUUUGCACUACAGUGAUUCCAUCGGUUUUUGUGAAUGGGAGUUCACAGAUUGAAGUGGGACCGGAUCUUGAAUGUCAGCUUGAACUUUGUUUUUGUUUUUUUGUUUUCAAAGAGACUGUUUAAGCUUUUAAUAUUUUUUUUGUACUUCUACAUUUUUUUCCAUUUCUUUAAUGGACACCUUUUCGGUAGGGAUGUUGACAACCAGAAAAUUGCUCACUGGCGUCAGGUGCUGCACCUUUGUUAGACUUUUACAACCGGAGUUGAUGUUGUAAAAGAUGUCCAUUUCCUUAGUUAAAAUGUUUCAGUUGAAAAUUUGACCAAUAGGUUAGAAACAUAUUUGGUUACAAUGGAGUUAUAUUUGUACCUCAUUCCUGAGUGUGUGAGGGCCCAUUCUGAGGACAGAAAAAAAGGCUUUUUGCAAGCACAUAAAUUAUAUUUAUCAUGCACAGAAAGUUUGAAUUUGAGCAAGAAAAAACGUCCUCAAUGAAUUUAUUUACCUGAUAAUAUCCACAUAAGCACACAGUGAUGACCUCUUUCACUCUCUCAAUGUGUAAGAUAAGAUUUAAGACUUUAUUAAUCCCACACUGGGGAAAUGUACUUGCUAGCUCCAGAUACAACACAACAAAAAAAGUAAAUGCACAUGAAACAAAAUAAAAAAAAAUAGAACCGAAAAAUACAAGAUAUGAUAAAAUAUAAAAAAUGACUCAGAGUUGUAUGUACAAAUUGAAAUAACUCAGAGGGUUGUACUUCUGAUUUUAUAAGAAUGUUAUUAGUUGGUUUAUAGUAAAUAGUCAAUUAUGUCAGCUAGCUAUAGAACUAUUAGACUCAACUCAGGGCUCUAUGCUUUUUACCACUUUUUACAGAGGCUUGCGCUACUAAGAUAAAAAAAAAUUAGAGGCAGUUUAAGUUCCAUUUCUUUUCAAGGAACUUCAUAAAUAAUUUCAGCGUCUUGGCUGUGUAGUUUGCAAUCUUCAGGGAAGCCAAGUAUCUCAGUUACUGCAUAUAUGAGAGACGUUAGCUCCCAAACUACCAAGACAGUUUGGCUGCAAGCUAAUAAAGUACAGACUAACUUACAAGCGGUUCAUAAAACUGUAUACACUGCUAAUGAAGAAAUUACAGAAUCGUUUUCUGACUGGCUGGCAUUGUAGCACACUGUCACACGCUGUCAAGUAGAGCCGAGCGCAAACAUGUUGGGAGAAACACUAGUGUCUCAAGUAUUUGGUAGUGCACAGAGCAGGGAAAUGAUUAAACUGAGUGAAAGAGGUUAUCAUCAUGCACUCAUGGGGAUAUAGGAAACACGGUAAGAAAUGUAUUGAGCACAAAUAGAUUUUUGUUUGUUCAAAUUAAAUUGUUUGUGUGAUAAUUUCUCUACAAACUCUUAAUUUAUGUGCUUUUUCUGUACUCAGAAUAACCCAUUGCAUGCCUCAGCUAUGUGGCAGGAAUACAACUCCAUAGGUUACUACUACGUAGUGCAUUUGUGAGGGGGAUAAUGGUGCUGUAAACAGGCUGUUUCCGUCAUACUGGUUUGGUGGACCAAACCAUAUUUUGGGUAAAUGCCACGUGUGAAUAUGUGAAAAGUCGUGGUGCAUCUUGACAAUAUGCCCCUUUCUUAAACAGGCAUUCAUAUACAGUGGAUACUUAUGUAGCAUUAACAUCCUGUAGAAUACCAUUGUACGAGCAUACUCAAUGUUAAACCCAUUGACCAAAGCACUUAAUAGUGAGCGAAACUACGUCCCUGUUAAGUCCGGUAAUUGCAUUUGGGCAAGGGGAGGGCAAUUUAUGUACACCUGCUGAUGUGCUGAUCAAAACAUAAUCUGAAGUACUGUAUGUUAUAUUCUGUUACUCAAAGAAGUAUAAGCUUUUUGUAUUCUAUAUAUAUUUUUUCUAUAAACAUGCCACAAGAUGAAAGCUUGAAGAAAGUGCAAUCCAACAGUAUUUCUAUUGUUGCAAUGUAUGACGAUGAUGAUGGUGGUGAAGGUAAUGCUGUUACGAGAGGUUGACAUUUGCCACCAAAAUGCACUCUCUUUGGUGGUGUCGGUAUGAUGUGGCCUCCGAUGUUUGUGUGAACUGCCAGAGGUCCGGAAGUAUCCUGCCUCCAUUACUUGAACUGUGGCAUUGCUCGAGCUAUGAAUGUUUUUCAUGACAUGCCGCCUACAUAGCUUAAGAGGAAAGGAAUCCAUGUUGAACUUGGCACAUUUUUCAAGUUUGAGGACAAUAGAUACUCUGUACAGAGAAACUGUAAAAUGUAUUUCUGAGGUUGGUUUAUGGAAGGAGGGUGAUUACGCCUCUUAUAAAAAUAUAACUCCACUGGGGGAUUGAGGAAACUCCUCGGGUGAAGCUAAGCAAUGUGAGAUCCUGACCUUUUUCUUGCUGAAAGACAAUAAACUGAUGAGGGUUUUGUCAACUUA